GCCAGGCCAGACACAGUGGCAAUUGUCAGAUGACUCUUGUCAACUGCUUUAGGCCAGAGUCAGGCAACAAGAGCAAAUUAAAGAGCCUUAAGUGGGACUGUAAGCUGUCUGUCUACUGGAGGGCAGGGAUGGUGUAGUUAGGCUCAGCCUUUCCUCAUCCUCCACCCCGCCUCUUUCUCCUCUAGGAGGAGUCUAGUGACAGGCCUGGAUUGGAGGCUUUUGGAACUGUUCCGGGUCUCCUCCUCUAGGUUGGCCUCAGGCCUUUCCGUGGCUGUUUCUUAGGACUUCAAGAAUUUGGAGGACCUUUAAGGAAAUGCAGACUUUGCUGAAGUAGAGACCCACUUCCCGCACCUACCACCGCGGGCGUGUUCCUAGUACAGGCCACACACACUUGUAUCCAAGAUACCUCUUAAAAGGAAUUUUUUCCCUCCGGUUUCCACCUUGGCGGGUAAUCCUGGCUUCUUUCACCAAACUUGUUCUUUGGGGCGGAGACUAACCAGAUCAUUUCGCCCCGCCCUGCUCCUAGGACAGCCUGCCCACAGCUGCAGAGCUUUGCAGUGUAUGAAAGUGGGCGGCCUGCAGACAGUGGCAUGGCCGGGACUAUGGAUAGGCUGGAAGACCGCAACAGCCCGGAAACAUCUGGGACCGCCGGAGACGCGUUGCCUGGUCCCCGAGUGUAUGCGCGUCGCUGGGUCUUUCUGCUGGUGGUCAGCCUCCUGAGCUGCUCCAACGCGAUGCUUUGGCUCAGCUUUGCACCUGUAGCAGACACCUUAGCACAGCACUUCUUCCUGUCCAUGGAUCAGGUCAACUGGCUGUCACUAAUAUACCUUGUGUUAUCCAUCCCAUUUGGCAUGGCUGCCAUCUGGGUUCUGGACUCUGUUGGUCUCCGUGGAGCGACUAUCCUGGGUGCAUGGUUGAAUUUUUCUGGGAGUGUGCUACGUGCUGUACCGUGCUUGUCUGUCAGGAUUCCCAGCCCCUUUGCCUUCUUCAUGAGUGGCCAGAGCCUCUGUGCCCUGGCCCAGACCCUGGUCGUCUCUUCUCCAGCCAAGCUGGCUGCCUUGUGGUUUCCAGAGCACCAGCGAGCCACAGCUAACAUGAUCGGCACCAUGUCAAAUCCUCUGGGUCUCCUUAUUGCAAAUGUGCUGUCUCCUGCCCUAGUCAAGAAAACAGAAGACAUCCCUAUGAUGCUUGGCAUCUACAUUGUUCCUGCUGCCCUUGCCUGUCUGUUGGCCACCGUCUGCCUCUGGGAGAGUGUGCCUCCUACCCCACCAUCCACAGGGGCUGCCAACUCUACUUCAGAGGGUUUCCUCCGGGGGCUCAAACUGCUCAUACAGAAUAAGGCCUAUGUCAUCCUGGCCGUGUGCUUUGGUGGUGGCAUCGGUGUCUUCUCUAGCUUCUCAGCCCUCCUGGAGCAGAUCCUUUGUGCCAGUGGCUAUUCUAAUGAGUUCUCAGGCCUCUGUGGGGCUCUCUUCAUCGUGUUUGGAAUUUUGGGGGCACUGCUUCUAGGCCUGUAUGUGGAUCGGACCAAGCACUUCACCGAAGCCACCAAGAUAGGCCUCUGUCUGACUUCCAUGACCUCUGUGGCCUUUGCUCUGGUAUCCCAGCUGCAGGGACAGACCAUUGCACUGGCUGCCAUCUGCUCCCUCCUUGGGCUCUUUGGCUUCUCAGUGGCACCUGUGGUCAUGGAGCUGGCUGUUGAAUGCUCAUUUCCUGUAGGCGAGGGUGCCUCUGCUGGCUUGAUCUUUGUCCUGGGGCAGGCCGAGGGUGUGCUCAUCAUGCUGCUAUUGACGGCGCUGACCAUGCGGCGAACAGGUCCGUCCUCUUCUACCUGCCAGCAGGGUGAGGACCCUCUGGACUGGACAGUGUCCCUGCUGCUGCUGGCUGGCCUAUGUACCCUUUUUACCUGUGUCUUGGUGAUAUUCUUCAACACCCCAUACCGGCGCCUGGAGGCUGAGUCUGGCGGAUCCUCUUCACCCACGAUGUGUGCCAGGGAUCCAAGGAAUGUUAGCCCCACCCAAGUGCCACCACUUGAGACUCCUGGCUUGACUCUUCCAGAUGACGCCUUGAAGGAAGCUCCUGGCCCUGCUUCUGUUUCCAAAGGACAUUCAGAAUGGGCAGAGACUAUGACCAGAGACGUCUGGUAAAGCAUAGGCUUGCUAGGGUUUCUUUGAUUGUGCAAGCAGUGCUAAAAGCUCUGACAGAGACACAAAGUCCUUAGAAGACCCAGGGUAUGACAAGAUGGCCUUUUGGUCCUCAGGAAGACGAUGAUGGAAUUGGAAAUAACUGGUAUUGUGUGGAUACUGGUCAGUUAGGGUGGACCCUGGUCAAGCCAUACGUGUGGCUACUGCAAGAAGGCCUGUGCAGAGGCAGAGGGAGUGAGUUAGGGGCUCCUGGCAUAUAAGACUGGGGGAGUUCUGAAGGCUAUGGCAUGAUCAUUCUGAGGUAGACAGGUGUAGGAAGAACUUGUCUACACUGUAUAACCAGGUGCUGAGCUUGAUUGUAAAGUAGCACAGAGGGCGGUGAGCCGGUCUGAGUAGAUUAGGGAACAUAUUCUCUGCAAUGAACAUUCACGGGAAAGUUUGUAUGUCCAACUUUAUUGAGCUAGCUGCAGAUUGCAACCUGAAUGUUGGAGCAGCUCAUACUUCCUCCUCCACAUGGGUAAGGAUAUAGCUCAACACUUUGUAGUCUAGGUUACCAGCCACAUUGAUGAGGGCAAACUCCAGCUUCUGAUGUGCCUGAGAGUGAGCCCAAGAUAGGUGGGGUAUCGAUAGGGAACUCACAUUGGUGGGGGGAGG